AUGGCGUCAGCGUUAGGAACGUUUGGUUCUAUUGGAACUGAUGUCGGCCAAUUUCAGUAUCCGCAUGGAAUAGCUGUCAGCAGUGCUGGUGAAGUUGCUGUUGUAGAUACUUGUAAUCACCGUGUGCAAGUGUUUAGCGGCGAUGGACACUUUCAGAGAGUGUUUGGAAGUCAAGGAGUGGACGACGUGGGUUGUUUGAAUUUUCCUGAUGGAGUAACCUACGAUAAAGAAAACAACAUCGUGUUGGCCGACUCGGAUAAUCACAGAAUAUCGGUUUACUCAUCAGCCGGGGAAUUUCUACGAAAGAUCGGCGAACAUCAAAUGAAAAAUCCUUGGGGCGUUUGUUUGACACACGAUGGCAACAUAGCGGUGUGCAGUGGCGGUGAGAAGAGCAGUGAAGUUCAAGUUUAUUCUACCGAGGGGGCAUUAGUCAUGAAAUUUGGCGAUCCUUCCACGACCAACCGACCUUCGUACGUCGCUAGCAGUCACGAAAAGUACUUUGUGUCGUACAGUGACGAUCAGUGCGUGAGAGUGUUCGACAAUCAAGGACGCUUUCUAUCUAAGAUCGGUGCAGCAGGCUUCGGCGAUGGGCAGUUUAACAGACCUCGUGGACUAGUAGUUGACCAACAUGGACAGUUGCUGGUCUGUGAUGGCUGGAAUAACCGAAUACAAGUUUUUGAUUUGGAAGGCAAGUUUCUAACGAAGUUUGGAAGUCGUGGGCAAGGUCAAGGACAAUUAACUUUCCCGGUCGACCUCUCAAUCGCUCCUGAUGGACGUCUUUUCGUGAGCGAACUGAAGGGACAUCGUGUUCAGGUUUUUCAAGGAUUAGAAAAGCAAAGUUAA